GCCUUCAAACAAACGUCAGUUCUAUGUGUCGACUAUUGAAAAUAAUAUUUUACGUCUACGUUUUACCAAGCAUUUAUAAAAUAAACGUUUGAUACUUUUUAUUUACAAUGCCGUGGGGUUGGGAAUGUAGGGCGCGGUUUGUUAAGCAAUCGCCAUGUAAACCAACUGAGCGGAGGGGAAAGCGAGAUCUCAAGAGUCCUGGGCCUCAAGAAUAUGAAACGCCUCCAAUAUUCUGUGGCAAGGGUUACUCGAGGAUACAGCGUGCUCCGGCGUAUACUUUCGGUCACAAGACACCUGUGAACUUUAACAAACAGAUUCUUACAGCGAAAGCGCCAGUUUUAGACAUCUCGGGACAUAGUAAAAAAGGACCCUAUAGGAUACCUCUCGGUGUAGUUUCACCCAGAUUAGAUCCGAUACAGUGUAAAGGCAAAUCACCAGGCCCUGACAGAUAUGUCCCAAAAAGCCAAGUGGUCUUUAAAAGACCUCCAGUCUACUCGAUGCGCCCAGCCGCAAAGCCUCCAUAUCAACCUUGGGACAUGUGGACCCCUCCCCCAAAUAUGUAUUUGCCCAAAAUACAUUUCAAUAAGCCACCCUCGUAUACACUCGGAUAUGCAGUACGAGCAAUAACAGCACAAAAUCUUCCCGGUCCCGGAGAACACGAUCCCAACUUUGACUUUGUGAAGCUACGAAAGCCCGCAUUUUCCUUUGGUGCUCCUUUCAAAAGCCCACCGCCCAAAAAGACGCCACCGCCAAAUACUUAUUGCGAGAAAAAGUUUAUGUACCCCAAACGUACUAUCCCAGCGCCAACUUUUGGGAUUCGCCACUCGCCAUACUUGGGGAAGCAAGAAGAAUAUCUUACACCAUCAAACUUAUGUAUCGUUGUUAGUGGUGAAGACUAGAAUGUAGUUUUUUUGAAAUUUUAGUUCUCAAUUCUAAUUAAUAAUUUAUUAUUUUUUUUGAAUUACAUUACUAUAU